UUCAUCUCUGUUUCCUGCCUCUUCUCGUCACCGCUAUCAUUGAUGAGCAAUACCGAUACUUACGAUGGCGAGCACCUCAGAGGCUGCCCUGCUCGGACAGGUCGAGCCACAACGGUCUCUUGGCGCUUGGGAGAAGGCAAAAGCCCGCUUCUUGGAAGGGCUGGAUGACGCAGAAAAGGCAACCUUCACUGAGGCCACAGCAGAAAAUAUCUUUUACGCCGCCAGUAACGUCCAAAGAGAUGAUCAUAGGGACAGCAAGACUCGCUCACUACUCGAAAGCAUGCAGCCACUCAUCUCUGCGGUCGGUGAUUAUGGCAAGGCUAUGGAUACGUUUGCGAAUAUUUCCUCUCUGUACCUCGCACCUAUCUGGGGGAGCAUCAGGGUUGUUCUAGUAAUAGCGAGCAGCCAUGGUCGAUUCUACAACAGGAUGGUAGAUACGUUUGGACGCAUCGGCGAUAUUCUGCCCCGGUUCCGAGAUUAUCAGAGAAUCUUUGAUUCAGAGAAACAUCAACGAUUCACGCAGGCAUUAUCCGUUGCUUAUCUUGACAUUAUUUCUCUCUGCACGGAAUUCAAGACGCUGCUGAGAAACCAGAAGAAGUCGGCCGCGAAAAGGAUCUUUCAGCCGUUGUCCCUAACCUUGAAGGUACAUUUAGAAGAUGCUAUCGUGAGAUUCAGAAAGCAUCGUAAGGCAGUUGACAAAGAAGCGGAACUGUGCCACAUGAUCGAGGAGAAAGAGGCUAGAGACCUGGUCGUGAGAAACCACGCAGCAGCCGAGGCAAGAAAACGACAGAAUCGACAGAAGACUCUACUGUCCUCAUUAUCGAAAACAGAUAACGAAUACAAGCAUCGACGCAUGCAAAGAAUUCGACACAAAGGAACAGGGGAAUGGUUCAAAUCCUCAGACGAGUAUAAGGCCUGGUCAAGUUGUGCAAUCGCUGCGAUCCUUUGCUUGUAUGGAAUACCUGGAUGCGGCAAGUCCGUCCUCAUAUCGAGUCUCAUCGAUGAAAUGCUUGCAAAGGACAACUCAAACACUGGACGAAAUAUAAUGUUCUAUUAUUGCGACCAUGCAGACAAACGGACAUUAGAUCCUGUCAACAUCUUCAGCAGCCUCGCUUUGCAACUGUUGCGCACUUUAGGCGAGUUGCCAACAACCCUCUUAGAAAUGCUGGAGAGGAUUUGCCAGGAUAGCUUGACAGUCGAUCUGGAAGAUGUCUUGCAUCUCCUGCUAAAAGCCAUUGAAAGAGCCAUGUCAGCGACCAUUGUAAUUGAUGGUUUGGAUGAGGUCGAUGAGAACGAUCGAAAGCUCAUUUUUCACCACCUCAGAGACAUCGCUACACGAGCAACCCCACCAAUAAUCAAAGUCCUCGUCGCCAGCCGAGAAGAUACGAGUUACUUAACUCAAGUACCGGAUGCUGCUCUGUUUAAACGUCGUAUUGGAAUCGACGUUGUUGCUGGUGACAUUGACUGCUACGUCAAGCAUGCCAUCCGAGACCUGAUCAAUAGGAAAGAAUUGGUGAUCGGUGAUCCUGCUCUUGAAGAAGAAAUCUUUGGGGCUCUUUCCAAAGGAGCGAAGGGCAUGUUUCUUUGGGUGAAAUUCCAGCUCGACGAUUUGUGCCGUGCGGAGACCGACAGUAGUAUUCGAAAGGUAUUGCAGAACCUUCCUCGCAACCUCGGCGAGACCUACGACCGCCUUCUCACCCGCAUCGAUAAUGCCGAGCAGCGAGAAUACGUCAAAAGGAUAUUUAUGUGGAUCAUUUGUGCCAGACGACCCCUUGAAAUCGAGGAACUCCGAGAGGCAAUUGCCUUCACCAUUGAAGAUGACCAUUUUGAUCAUACCAAAAUUCCCAAUGACCUGAAUCGACUGGCAAGGGCCUGUGGAAACCUCAUUGUUAUCGACGACGAUAAAAAUAGCAUUCAAAUAGCCCACUAUACUGUGGAGCAGCAUCUUCUCAAAGAGGACGGAUACAAACCAGCAUUGCUCCACUUCACCAGAGCACAAGCCAGCGUUGAGGUCGGCAAAGUUUGCGUGGCCUACCUCUCCUUCUCCGACUUCGAGUUGCAGCUCACUCAGUACGAAGACACCACUACUUCAAAAUUAGCCGCUUUGGAGGACGUAGUGAGAACGCAGUCGAUGCUUCCGCCAAAUUCCCAGACAGCAAAAUUGGUCAAAACACUGAAGUGGUUUCGUGGGAGUCCGGAAACUUCAACCAAUAUCCGAUUUGAUCGAUAUGUUGCUGGCGGGCUGAAGUGGAGGAAGCCUGCGGACUCACUCAAGUCGAAGUAUCGGUUGCUGUCGUACUUAGCGGAGAACUGGUUGCAUCAUAACACGAUAAUUGGGAAUGUGAGGGAAUCUCGCCCUUGGAGCCCUCGCCAUCUUUGCCUUUUCGAAAAUCUGGUCCUUGAAAAGAGAGGUUCACUCGAUAUCAGACCGUGGGAUUCGAUUCCGCUUCGGUGUAUAGGAUUCCCCUUUGUCCUGCAAAUCGGAUGGGCACUAUCGACAAACCAUCUCCCCUUACUACGUACCAUCUCAAAAAAUACUCGCGGAGGUAGUAUAGGCGAUUAUCUUGAACACGCCACGAAGGCGUUUAUCGAGUUCUCCUCCACAAGCUCUGGAGAUGAUCUACAGUCUCUCAGAGGAUUUAGCGGACGCUCAACUGAAAUUUGGCCCAACUCGGAGGACUGGGAAUGCUGGCUAUACAACUGUGUGCUUAAAGCAUCCAAUCAAUCAUUCACCGAUGUUCUGGAGUUCUGCUUCUCAGUUCGGGCCCAAUACCCAGCAUCCAAUGCAUCCGGAACACACCACCUUCAGAUAACUUUCAUCAGACAUCUCCUACUAGAUGCCGCUACUCACUCGGCAACUUCAGUUGUUGAAGUUCUCGCCAAGAUCGUACGGACUUGGCCUGCGGGCAUGCGAAGCGAGUUGAGGGCAGCCACGAAAAUCACCGAUGCCGCAUCCAAUGCGCUUGAGAUGGCGUUCCUCUCAAAAUCCGAGCAUCUGAUGGAACUUCUUGCGUCGCUUGGAUUUGAAGCAUCAGCAUCAUUUAAGGAACGUCUUUUACUUGGCUCAAGUCUGCCGGAAGCCUUGAAGUCAUAUGAUGUGGAGAAUGUUAGGUGCUACCUGAGGAUAUUCGGUGCCACGAAGUCAUCCCUGUCGAAUAUCGAAUGCUGCCUUCAUAAAACUAGUGGAUCCACCGCUGCUGCAGGUGCCCGAGUAUUAAAGUUUUUGGUUGAUUCUGCUGCUAAUUCUAUCAGUUCUGGCGCGAGAACCUUAGGAUCGCACUGGAUACGGACCCUCAGGGAUGGUAGCAUUGACGACCAGAUCAAUGUUCUUCUAGCGGCUGGAAAGUACAGCUACUUCCCUCACGCCAGCUUUCAUGGCAAGUGGCUUCUUUUUGAUGCGAUCAUCGAAAACAAGCCUAUUCGACUUGAUCUGUUGCUCCAGAAAAGGGUGGAUAUUUAUGACCUGUGGGAAUUGCUUACAAAUGAGCAAGUAGAUACAUGGGCGCAAUUUGGCCAAUUGGGGAGAAAGCGCAUACUCAAGGAAGGGCACCUCUCGCCUUUGUGCUUUGCGAUUCUCUACGACAGGAGCCACAUGAUCGAAAGACUCCUUGCAAGUGGUGGAUCUGUCGAUGGCCCUUUCCCUGGUCGCGAACUCGCACCGAUUCAUUUCGCUGCCAUGUCAGAUUCCCUUGAAUCGUUCAAGUGCCUUGAGAGUCAUGGCGCAAAUCUGUCACUGACGGACGGGGAAGACCGAAAUAUGAUGGACUACUUGCUCGAUAAUGACGCGAGAAAGGCGCUUGAUAAAUCGCUUCUUCACUAUCUGGUCGAGCACCGCAAGUCUUACUUGCAAUAUUCCUGGAGUCGCAAUCCCGCAUUUAUAAAUCGGAAGGUGUAGAUAGGGGAUAAGGUAUAUUCAACUGUCCUCCCGGCCGCCAGCCACGAUCGAUUACACAUCAAUAAUCUCGUGGGAGCGUUUGUUAUCUACCGCAAGGUCUUCUCGAAGAUGCAAAGACUCUCAAAA